AUGACUCAUAAUAGAGAUGAUAUUCUACCUAUACUUAAUGUCAAUGAUGGAUCAUCUCAAUCUAUCACUUUAACUGGAGCAGACUAUAAUGACUACCUUCAUCUUCAUCUCAGGAACAAUGAAUUCUUGAUUCUGGUGCUUCUGACCAUAUUUCUGGAUCGGAGUACGGGACAGAUGAUUGGAAAAGGACAUGAGUCACAAGGAUUGUACCUCCUAUCUAUUCCAACACCACAUGUUGCUUUCACUUCCACCGUUUCUUCUGAAUUGCUCCAUAGUCAAUUGAGUCAUCCAAGUCUCUUGAAAUUGCAAAAGAUGGUCCCCAGUUUAUCUAGUUUAUCUUUGUUAGAAUGUACACAAGGCAAUCUUGGUGACUCAUUACCUGCUCCAACAACGUCUUCUUUUUCGGUCGAGCACUUAUCAUAUCAUCUUUCCAUUGCUUUUCGCAAAUGUACUAGAACUACUGCAAAUCAAACUCUCAUUUAUGCUUAUUUAAGUUAUCAUCAUCUGUCACCUUCAGAUCAUGUCUUCCUUACUAGCUUAUCAUCAACCAAAAUUUCUAAACUGUGGAAGAAGCACUGGUUCAUCCAGGUAUUCACAAUUAAGGUAGGAUCGGAUGGAGCUAUUGAUCAUCUCAAAGCGAGAUUGGUUGUUAAGGGAUACACUCAGAUUUAUGACAUCGAUUAUGGAGAUACUUUUUCACCAGUUGCCAAGAUGGCUUCUUUCCGUCUUCUUAUCUCUAUGGCAGCAAUAAAUCAUUGGCCCCUUUUUCAACUGGACAUAAAAAAUGCAUUCCUACAUAGAGAACUUGUUGAAGAGGUAUAUAUGGAGCAACCACUUGGGUUUGUUGCUUAG